GUGUAGGUGGGGUCACAGGUGUGAGACGAAAGAAGUUACUAGCUCAAUGCUUCGUGAAUCACGUGGACGCUAAGUAUUAUGACCUUCUACUGAAGCCAGUCUCGUGGCUCCUAUGAGUCUGUCUCCCUUCGCGCCACGGCUCAGUAGGUGGCGGUAAUGCGCCUGUAGUUGGUACGCCAUCCGCCAUUAAUACGAAGAAGAAGAAGAAGAAGAAGAAGAAGUAGUCUCGUGGCUCUGUUAGUUACUUGAAGUUACCUGGCUGUUGAUGCGCAGGUACAUGCGCACGCGGAUGUUCCCCCGCGCUUCAGAGAGGACAGAUGAAAGUCUUCUAGCUCCAGACAGAAAACUGGAGCAUGAUGGCUACAGCUUUAGAGCAGCAGAUCCAGUGCUCGGUCUGCCUGGGUGGAUUCACCGACCCGGUGAUUCUCCCCUGUGAGCACCUGUUUUGUCGACAGUGUAUUUUAAAGCAUCUUCAGAAAAACAAGAACCCAUUCCGGGAGGCGCGAUGUCCAGACUGCAGAAACACCUUCAGACAGGAGGACCUCCGAGAUAACAGACCCGUCAGGAACAUCGUGGAGAGCGUCAAGGAGCACCUUUCAGAACUCAGACUUCAGCAGCCUUUAGACCAGAAGCAGCAGAAGCAGCAGCAGCAGGACUGUUCCUGCAAUCUGUGUCCUGAACAUGAGGAGAAGCUCAAGCUCUUCUGUGAGACGGACCAGACCCUCAUCUGCCUGAUCUGUAGAGACUCUCUGCAGCACCGGUGUCACUCGUUCAUCACAGCGAGCGACGCAGCCAGCGUUAAACAGGAUCAGGUUAAAGCAGCUAAAGAACAGCUGUCAAAAGACAACGAAAAGGUGGACCAUCUGAUCCAGAGUCAGUUAUCUGAAAUCAGUAAGAUUAAGGAUCGGUCUAGCGCCUUGUCAGCUCUGAUCACAGCACAGUUUGAAGAGAUGCAUGAUUUCCUGAGAAAAAGGGAAUAUGAGGAGAAAAAAAGGCUUGAAAAUGAAACUGAACAUGCUCUGAGGCAAAUGAAUCAGAACUUAACUAGGAUGGAAAAGCUGCUGAGUAACGGGGUGGAUAAUGAAGUAAUUCUGACCUCUGCCUUGGAGGCUGAUCAGCCUGAUCAGUUUCUACAGUGGUGGUGUGAAAAUGGAAAUCGUAUAAUUACACAAGUGGAACAAGAACACAAUGGUGCUGCCAGAUCUCCUCUAAAAUCACUGAUGAAAGACCUCAAAGUGAACAGUGAGACUCUGUUCCGUGGCUCUUUUGAUACUGGACUUCACGUCUCCAGAGUGGUGAAGGAGAUGAUGAAAGCCAUGAGGAAAGUUCAGGGAGGAGAACGCCUCUGUGAAGAAAGUCCUCACAAACUUUUAUUAUACAAAAACUAUACUAUUGGCUACAGGGAUGAAAGCUUAAUAAUCAUAGAUAAAGUCAGAAAACGACUUUACAGGCUGUGUCCUAUCAGCCUCACGUAUCUCUAUAGAACAUUUCUGAGACAGCAGCAGUUUUACUUUACUGCACUUUAUCCUCACCGUUCUUCUACGAUGGCCUUCCAGCUGUCCUGCCAUAUCGAGUGCCCUCUGUGUCUGAGUGACUUCACUGAUCCGGUCAGUCUGUCCUGUGAUCAUUCGUACUGCCGCCAGUGCAUCACAGGACACAUGCAGGCCAACCCCAACCAGAGCUCCUGCCCCGAGUGCAGGAAGCCCUUCACUGAGAAAGAUCUGCGUCCCAGCCGUCUGCUGAAGAACAUGACUGGAGCUGUACGGAGACACCUCUCGUCCUCCUCCUCCCCGACUUCACCUACAGAAACUCCAGCUUCAGCUCCAGCUCCAGCUCUGACGACCCCUCUGACUUGUGCUGAUCACGAGGAGAAGCUGAAGCUCUUCUGUGAAACGGAUCAGAAGCUGGCGUGUGUGGUGUGUCGAGAUGGAGAGAAGCACCGGGGGCAUCAGUUCAAGCCUGUGAAGGAGGCGGCACAGAUAGUCAAGGCAGAACUGAAGGGUGCCAUAGGCUUCCUGGCUAAAGAGAACAUACAACUGUGUGACAUGUCCCAAAAACAGACAGCUGAGAUCACAAAAACCAAGAUUAGAUCCAAAAAUCUAUCAGACCAGAUUUCUGCUCAGUUUGAAGAGCUGCACCAGUUCCUGAGAAAAAAGGAAGAGGAGAUAAAGAAGCAACUAAAGAGUGACGAGAAAAAAGCUGUCGAAUCCAUGUGCAAGAACUCGUCUGUGAUGACUGAAAGAUUAAUGGAAGGAAAAGAGACUGAGACUAUUUUUCAGUCUGCACUACAGAUCCCUCAACCUGAUCAGUUCUUACAGUGGUGGAAUGAAAAGGGACUUUCUGCUACGCAGAGGAUGAAACAGAAAGACAGCUCAGGACAAAAAAACAAGUACAGUUCAAGACUAACAGGUCUAACUGUGAUCCCUCAUUCAUUGUUUCUUGGCCCUCCAGAAACUCACUUGCAGUUUUUUGUUUGGAAAGAGAUGCUGAAUUCAAUCAAACCAGUUCCUGAGACUUUUACCUUAAAGGAACCUGUAGACUCUUACCUAAGGAUUGCACCUGGAGGUGCACAUGUUUGGCACACCAAGAGAAAGUCUGUCUUCUUCGCGGACUACAGUCCAGGCGUCGUCUCCACAGAGUCCUUCAGAAAUGGACAGCACUACUGGGAGGUGGAAGUUGGGAAGAAGUUAGACUGGAGCGUAGGAGUAAAAGCGGAGAAAGAUUCAGGGGUCCAUCUUCAUCUUCGAGAUGGAAAAGGAUAUACCCUCAGUUAUGAUAGACAUGAGUUCAAAGCUAAUGUCAAAGGAAAGCCCAGGAAGAUCGGACUCUACGUGGACUGUGAGAGAAAGAAUAUCUACUUCUAUGAUGCUGACAGCAUGUCUCAGAUUUGUAUAAUCAGCUAUACAUCAGACCUUCCCUGGUCUAUUAGUCUUAAUCCAGGGCUUUAUCUAGAUGAAACAAACAAUGAUCCACUCGCUGUAUGCUCCUACAGAGCAAAAUAAGUCAACUGGUCGAAUUCUGUAGCCAACCGAGCCCACUCAGCUGAAAAACUACACUAUAUCAAUAAACGAUUCGAGAAUUAUUAAUAAUUUAAAUGAUAUUAAAAGUACUAAAUGAUAAUCUUGAUUUAGCUAAGAUUUACUUUAUACUUAGUAUGCCUAGAAGUGUUGUGAUCCACCCUCAUCUCAAAAAAGAAAAAAUGCCAAAAAAUGGGAGGAGUCAUUUGGACGGGGCACUGGGUGUUGUAUGGGUUUAGGGGUGUGGCAGGAAGGAAAACUGAUUGGCUGAGUUGAACCAGAAAGGGCGCUGCAGAGGCAGAAAUUACAACAAUAAAAGCAUGUUUUUAUGGUUAGGAAUGGUUUAUAAAAAAAUAAUAAAGCAGGACUUGUAUGUUUUAUUACUUAAAGAAACACAUCUCAGCAAACAAUUAAAAAAAUAUAUAUGGUUUAGGGUUUAAAGCCUUUUUUAAAGGAAAGUUUGUGCAAGAAAGAUUUUGGAUGGAGGGAAAAGGAAUCCUCCAAAAACAGGUUUUUAUGCUAAUCAUCCAUAUAAACAUUUUUCCCCACUGUGUUUUUCAAUGACUCUGAAAUUAUGUAUUUUAUGGUGUACUGAUUUAUCUUUUAGUGUGAAGUGUAAACUUAAAAUUUGAUUUACUUUUAUUUACUUUUCUUGAACACAACUCAUGUCCAUGCUAGUUUUAACUGGUAGCUCCUGAAAUAAAGAACAACAAGUACUUUUCUUGUUUCUAAAUGCUCAUAUUUUUGAAGGCCUUUCUUGUCCCUUGUCUCUGGUCCCUUGAUUUCCAAAUGAAAUGUAAAAUGUACUGAUGAUCAGUGAUGGUUUGGAGAUCUUACAGCACUUCAUGCUUCCCUCUGCUGACAACUUUUAUGGAGAUGCAGAUUUCAUUCUCUAGCAGGACUUGGC